UUCUAUCGGAUCUGAGAACAUUUGGAUGCAAAGCUAGACAUGUCGUCCUCUACGAAGGUGUCCCGGAUUGGUGAAGAGCUCUGGAAGUCAGUAAGCUGAGCGCCUCUACCUGCCCUGGAAACUCUUAUUUGCAGCUUGAGAAAUUUGUUGGAGGGAAGUGCAUCAACUGAUGCUGCCAAAUCCUAGGACGAGAGUUGACAAGGUUAAUGCGGAGCUGGUUACCUUGACGUAUGGAACAAUUGUCGCGCAAUUAUGUCAGGACUACGACAGCAACUAUCAAGAGGUCAACAAACAGCUGGACAAGAUGGGCUAUAAUAUCGGUAUGCGACUGAUUGAAGAUUUCCUGGCGAAGUCUGGUAUGGGCCGAUGCGCCAACUUCCGAGAGACGGCAGAUAUGAUCUCGAAGGUUGGGUUCAAGAUCUUCCUGAAUAUCACGCCUACAGUCACGAACUGGACGAGCGAUAACAAUCAAUUUUCUCUCAUUUUCGACGAAAAUCCUCUGGCGGACUUUGUGGAGCUCCCAGACGAUGGAAGAGCACAAGAUGAACUGUGGUUCUCCAAUAUUUUGUGCGGUGUUUUAAGAGGCGCACUCGAAAUGGUUCAAAUGCAAAUCGAGGCCCACUUUGUCAGCGAUGUUUUAAGAGGUGAUGAUACCACGGAGAUGCGAGUAUCAUUGGUCCGAUACAUUGAGGAUGAGAUGCCGCCGGAUGAGGAAUGAUUUGAAGUCGAGGAUUCGAAUGGUGCACUUUUAGACUAUCAGGGCGUCUGGUGUUCUGGAUUUAUGCAAUUCGAAUCAUUUCAUGCACAUGCAAUUACGAUUAUGGAAGAAUAACCAUUUGUUCUUCGGGGCUGGUCGAAACUCAGCCGGCGCUUCCCAUACGAGGGAUAUGCCUCACGCUAUGGAAAUCGCGAUUCAAAGCUGAAUUCAACUAAACAACAUUUCCGUCCCGGCAUACUUGACAAUGCUUAACCAUAUAAAUCUGUCGCCGGUUUGAGAGAGCACAGAUGCAGCCAUCUAGCACAUCAACCUAUUGAUGUAUGCUGGGGAUCAUUGGAAGAAUGCUACCCGACGCUUUGACUGAUAUUAGCUACAUUGGCAAAAGUCACAAUGAUGAUUCCCCAUGUAGAAUCACCCUUCCUGGAAGAUGCGUAUAUACUAGUCUAGGGAGACCGCGCUUCGCU